GAUGUGCCUCUCACCUUGAAUUUUAUUUGAAUUUCCCUAGACAUAUUACUUUUUCUGAGCUAGUUAAGGGGAGAGGGCUACAUUUGUGGGGGCUCGUCCGGGAUCAAUCAGAUUACUCAGAUUGUUAAUUCAGAAAGAAAUUUAGAAGUGAUUUAUUUGCGUGUAUACUUAUUCUGGGGUUUAUUUUGAAUAUAUAUUUUUCUCUUUCAUUCAGUUUUUUUACAAACACAUUUUACAUUCUUUUUUUUGUAAGUUAAAAAAAAAAAAAUGGAGGUUAGUGAGAUUAUUGCUUGGUGCAGAGACAAAGAUGUGGGUCUUGACAAAGUUAUUAUUCUUAGCAAUGUGCCUACAGACUGUGAGGACAGAGUGAUCUAUAAUGUACUAGAUACUGCUCUGGGAGUUGGUAAAUGCAAAGUGCUUGGUUGUCGCUUAGAUAAAAAUAAGGAAUUUCAAUUUGUUUUGAUUGAAUUUGAUGAUGACAUAUCCAAGACAUCUAUCCCUGCAGAGAUUGGAGGACCUGAAGUAGGUCUCUGGUACACACAGGUUGUGUGUGUUGCAGCUGAAGCUCCUAAAAAGAGCAAGGAAGAUGAAUUUCAGACUAAGUUGAAUUUGUUCCUUCAAAACGAAGGAAAAUCAUUAGCUGACAUUUCAAGUUUGGCAUCUCCUGCUCCUGACCUCAACACUAAGCUGGUCGAGGCCAUAAACUCCCUUGUUCAAACAUGUCAUGUGGCUUCAUCUGAGGAGAGAGGGAUAUAUAGAAAGCUGCGCCCUUUUUCAGGGUUUAUACCAACUCCUCUUGGGGAAGAUGAGUUUGAGAUUUGGGUGGAGCAGACUACACACAUUUUGGAAGAGUGGCAGUGCUCUGAUAAUGUUAAGAAGCAGAAACUAGUAGAGUGCCUCAGAGGUCCUGCAGCAGAUAUUGUAAGAUUUGAAAAGACUGGCAACUCAGCCGCUACUUAUAGUGACUAUCUUAGUGUACUAGAGUCAGCAUUUGGCAGUACUGAGGAUGCUGCAGAUUUAAUGCUUAAAUUUCGAAGCACAUACCAGAAUGAAGGAGAGAAGCUGUCAGCCUACAUAUUGAGGUUGGACAGGCUGCUCCAUAGCAUGCUGCGGAAAAAGGGAAUUGAGUAUUCUGCUCUUAAUCAUCUUAGAAUGCAGCAAAUAGUCAGAGGUGCCCUGGCAGGUGACAUGGUGGCUAUGCGUUUGAGGAUGACCCACAAGCUUUGUGAGCCACCUUCUUUCAACGAGUUAAUGAAGGAGGUUAGAGAAGAAGAAAAUAUGGUCAGCAGUAGGCGCACCUUACCAUCUAAUGUUGCCAUGUCUGUAGUGCCCACUACCAAGAAGGAUUCGUCUGCUAACAGUGGUACUGUCGACUCAGAAGUAGAAAAGUUAAAGAAGGAGAUUAGGGGGCUGAAAAAUGAGGUGUCUCGGUUGUCAGCUGCAGCCAAAGAACCUGUAGCCCAUGAUCGUCCAGCCAUGCACAGUCUGGCUGCUGUUGCUGACUUUAAAACUCCAACACGUACAGUAACCAAAGCCAACAUAUUUUGCUACAGAUGCGGGGAAGAUGGGCAUCUUAAGCGGGACUGUAAAAACGAUGAAAAUCUCAGGAAAGUAAACCAGCGACUCAUCAGAAUGAGACAAUCUUCGGGAAACUUCUCCGGGGCUCAGUAAAGGAACGGCCUGAAGCUCCGGGAAAGACACG